ACCAUAGAGUAUGACAUUAGCUUAUGAAGAGAAUAAUAAUAAUUAUAGGCGGCGAGCGCCAAUGUUUACCAGAAGUUCUGGACUUCAAAAUGGAGAUUCCGAAAACGAAGAACACGAUUCGGACACUGUGUCCGAACUUUUCGGACCAAGUCCGAACCGAUCAACUCCACGGGCUAUAAAAGGACAUAAACGAUCCCGAAGCGAUUAUGGAAAUAACUUACAACCGUUGUCAAUGCCACAAAACCCGCAAACUCACUCUGUUCCCGCAUUUAUGAGGAGCAACAGUAGUGGAAGUAUGAGAAGACCUUUAUCAUUUAUAGCCGGCCUUGCCAGCAAAGUAAAAAGUGCUUUUGAAAUAAAUAAAGAUCCGAAAAAUUCGGACAAAUGGACGUUUAACGGGACCGAAUUUGACUCUUGCAACAGUGAGAACUCUUCCCCCAGUAUGCCACGAAAAUCAAUCAAUACUUAUCCACGUAUCAGAAAAACCAAUGACAGACUUACUGUGCCCUCCGACCGUCAAUGGCCCAGUAGACGCAAAAAAGUUCUGAAUCCUGCAUUUGCCGAAGUUAUGGAUAUACUCUCCGUUCCGUCCAGUCCGGAAUUAGAACGCGAAGCCCCAACUUAUCCUCCCCUUCCACGAAACAAAAGUACUCCAUGUGUCGAAAGCGAUCGUCGACCAUCUGACAUCAUCAUUGAGCAGCCAAAUGACGUCAUCAAAUCUAUUGACGCAAACAAAUCAAGUGACGUAAAUGUUCUAGUCAUAGGAUCAGAAGGAGUCGGGAAAUCUGCCCUCGUCGUGAGAUAUCUGACCAAGAGAUUCAUCGGUGAUUAUGCACCUAAUAUUGAAACCGUUUAUGACCACACCAUCGUAAUCGACGGGAAAGAUAUUUACAUCCAUGUUUGGGACUCUGGGAUUCCUGCUAUGUUACAGAAAAGCUCAGAAAAGCCGGAAGCGGAAGUUGAAAAAUCAACCCUUGACCUCCGUGAGACAUUGUCUAUGACAUCAUUAUCUUCUUCUGUAAGAUCAUCAGUGUCAUCAACUGCAUCGUCAACCUAUGAUAACCGAGUGUCUACCAGUAGCUUUGAUGACGAACAGCAUCAAUUUAUGACGUCAUUCGGGUCAAAGGUCACAAUAAACUUGGAAGACGACAAAAUGGAUAAAAAAUCCAUUCGGAAAAAGAAAAAAGAGAAAAAAGAAUUAAAUAAUAAUUUAAAUAAGAAAGAAAAUGAAAUGCAAACUCGUCUGAACUGGUGCGAUUGCAUAGUGGUUGUUUACAGUAUCUGUGACUCGGACUCCUUCGAUUCAGCUAGAGACAUUAUUAGAUAUAUCCGGGGACAAUAUGUACGUGGACAUGCUGUAUCCGAAUUUGAAUCCGGAGUCCGUCGUAACUCCGGUUCAGAUCCUGUGGCAGAUCCGGUUACCCGAUUGAUGCAAAUUCCGAUUUUGUUAGUCGGUAACAAAGCUGAUUUAGAGCACAGAAGGUGCGUCGAAAUGAAUGCAGCCACUGAGUUUUCACUGGGCUAUGGGUGCAGUGCCGUGGAGCUGUCAGCCCCUGAGGGGUUCGAAUCCAUAUCUAAGGUGUUUAACGGUAUUAUUGAAAAUAUUCGAAGAGACAAACUUCCUUCUAAAUUAACAAAAAUUAAGUCAAUAGUACGUGGCUUUGGGCAUCGCAGAAAUAUGUCUAUGUAAAUUUUAAAUCAAUAUUGGGAAAAAGACUUCUGUUGUUGAAAAUAAAAUUAUCUUUUUCUUUAACUACAAGACCACUAGUUUUGAAAUAUUGUCUUGCCGCCGAUCAGGCUGUUACUUUUUCCCAAUUCUUCUUUAUUUCAUUUUUUAAUUUGUCAAUUCGAUUUUUUUUCUCACUUAAAAAAUGCAAUCUUACCUGAAAAGUAGGGUUUCUGUGAAGAAGUUUAAUCACACCCUCAAUCUGUUUGGGUAUAACUUGUUUCGUUUCGUUUUUGUAUUUACCAUGUCCCAUAAAAUUACAAAAAUUACCGUUGUUAACGCGCGAGGGCUAUUUGGCUAUCCGACGCUUAUAUUAGUAUUUUUACACCAGGUGUGUUAUCAGGCGGCCCGGGGGGCUGAAUUAGGCAUGCCAAGCCAUUAAAUGGGGUCCUCGUCAACUCUUCGAUUUUUUUCCAUCAAGCAUAAAAUCUUAAUCCGACAGUUUGCUUGAAAAACCACUCAUAUGGAUAAAAAGUUUAUGUUUUUUUCCCUGGUCGCUGCCUUAAAUCUUUUGCUGUUUUGCCCGGUGCUUAUAUUACUGUAAGUAAGCAAUAGCUGAAUUCUUUACUCUUGUCUUUCCCGCUAAAUUUUUUGUGAGCUCACCUACAUGUCUGAAUUUGGAUUUAAUGUCCAUCGACAAAAAUGCUGCUCACCCCUGGUUUAUACAAUUAGCCACAUAGUAUUAGUAUUUGCUUGUCCAGAGAAUUGUUCAAAAAUAAAGUGUUAAAAUAAUUUGAGACUAAUCUUUAAAAGGAAUUAAAUACAAUCUUAACGAUUCAAAGCUAAAUAAAAGCAACCCGUUAGCUUCUGAAAAGUGAAAUUCCAUCUAUCUUAUUAUCUUGUGCUAAUGAUUUGGUUUCUGCGAGACUAAAUAAUUAUACUUCUUCUAUGCUAUGGCAGAUCCGUAUAUUAUUCCUGAGCUUUCUAUGAAAACUUCACAAUAAAGGGAGUUUAGUAUCAGGCAUUUCAAUUUUUUGAACAAAACACCGAAAAAUCAAUUGCGUAUAUAUAUAGUCCACUUGUGCCCAAAAAUAAAUGGGGACCCACGAAAAAACAAAAAUUUCUUAAUUACUUUAAAUGACUUAUUCAACACUCGAACUUCUGUUAGUGUAUGAAUUCACCAAAUUUUAUUAAUCUAGGUUAUGAGAUUAUGCUCUCUUUAAAAUAUGUUCUAAAUUACCUGGGAUCUAUUUUUUGACUCACCUUGCAAAUUGUUUUCAAUUUUAAAAUUGAUUCAGCACUUGAACUUCUGUUUGUGUAUGUAUAUACCAAAAAUUUUAGUAAUCGUUUUGUAUGAUGCUAUCAUUGCUCUAAUGACAGAAGUCCAAUAAAAACGAGAAAUGUGAUUAAACAGAUUUAAUAAACGAUAUUAGUAUACUUUGAUAACAUUGCCACAUUUUCCUAUUUUGCGAAGAAAUCGAUUCCCCGUUGAUUUAUUUCCUUAUAUAUGUUCUUAUCUAUUUCGUUGCGUGGUUGCUAAUGCGCGCCGCUUUUCAACUUCCUUUUUCUGAAGUUCCACAGAGCUUUAUAACAUAUUAUUAUUAUAUGAUUUUACAGUUUGCAUUUUUUAUUUGUGAUGCAAUAUAAUUGUGAGUGUAACAGCUUGUUCAAUAAAUGCUUGA